AUGGCAACUACCUCGUCUUCACAGGCGUCCAGACAGGAUCCGACAUUUCGAAACUAUGAUUCUGCUUCGGCACAGAGGUACCUCAAGCAUCGUCCUGGCUACCCAGACAAGCUCAUCGAUCUCGUCAUAUCCCACCACACGUCUUCAGGUGGGGACCUGAACUUGGUCCUUGACGUGGGUUGCGGUCCAGGCACCGCAACGAGGUUACUCGCGCCACAUUUUCAGCAUGCCAUCGGGGCGGAUCCUGGCCAGAGCAUGAUCGAAGCCGCGAGGACGGUCGCGAGCUCAACGAAAUCGGGGGAACCUAUCACAUACGAGGUCUCUUCAGCCGAAUCCUUGAGCGACUUGUCGGCGCUGAAAAAGUUCUCGACGGACGGGUCGAGCUCUGUGGAUCUCGUCACGGCCGCCACGGCAGCGCACUGGUUCGACAUGCCCCGUUUCUGGGGCGAGGCGGCCAAGAUACUAAAGCCUGGUGGGAGCGUCAUCGUAUGGUGCUUUGCAGGUUAUAACAUUGACCCCAAUACUACUCCUAACGGGAACAAGCUGAGGGAGUUCUUCAAGAAGAUGGAAGAGGAGAUUCUCGCUCCCUAUGAACUACCGGGAAACAGGAUCGUUCGGGAGAUGUACAUCAAUCUAGGCAUGCCCUGGGAAUGUAUCGAUCGUCUUGGCGCAAACGACCAGAGCUUGAAAAGGCUCCUCGACGAGUUUGACGAGAAAGAGUUUGUCAGGCUGGAAUUCAACAAAGAAGGAAAUUUGGCGCCAGGGGAAUCGUUUUUUACCGGAACUAUGCGUACGGACUUCAAUCAAGCCAAGGCUUUGAUGGGAACCGCCAGCCCCGUCACUCGCUGGCGAGAAGCAAAUAGGGAGAAGGUAGAAAGUGGGGAAGUUGAGGACGUGAUGGACACCUUCGUCAGACGCGCUAAGGAGAUCAUGGAGGAAGUGCCAGAAGGCAAGGGCAGGGAUUGGAUUGAUAGCGGAAGCGCGCUGGUCGUGUUGGUGGUGAAGAAGAGGAAGUAG